GCCACUGGUUCCUGUCGAUCUACAACGACGACGGAGACGCCCAGGAGAUCGCCUUCUACGCGCUGGUCGCCGAGGAUAUGACCCAGAACUGCCCGAACGGGUGCUCCGGCAAUGGCCAGUGUCUACUGGGCCACUGCCAGUGCAAUCCCGGCUUCGGUGGUGACGACUGUAGCGAGAGUGUCUGCCCGGUGCUUUGCUCCCAGCGCGGCGAGUACAUUAACGGCGAGUGCCAGUGCAACCCGGGCUGGAAGGGCAAGGAGUGCUCGCUCCGGCACGACGAGUGUGAGGUUCCGGACUGUACCGGCCACGGCCACUGCGUCAGUGGCAAGUGUUCGUGCGUGCGCGGCUACAAGGGCAAAUACUGCGAAGAAGUGGACUGUCCACAUCCGACCUGUACCGGGCAUGGAUUCUGCGCUGACGGAACCUGCAUCUGCAAGAAAGGCUGGAAGGGACCGGACUGUGCGGCGAUGGACCAGGAUGCGCUGCAGUGCCUGCCGGACUGCUCCGGCCACGGAACGUUCGAUCUCGACACGCAAACGUGCACCUGCGAGCCGAAGUGGAGCGGCGAGGACUGCUCGAAGGAGCUGUGCGAUCUGAACUGUGGCCAGCACGGGCGGUGCGUCGGUGAGACGUGUAGCUGUGACGCUGGCUGGGGUGGCGAUUACUGCAACAACAAGCUGUGCGAUCCACGGUGCAACGAGCACGGCCAGUGCAAGAACGGCACGUGCCUGUGCGUGACCGGCUGGAACGGCAAGCACUGCACGCUGGAGGGCUGUCCCAAUGGAUGCUCCCAACACGGCCAGUGCCACGUGAGCGGUGAACUGAUGUGGGAAUGCCGCUGCUACGAAGGCUGGGACGGUGUCGACUGUUCGGUGGCGCUCGAGCAAAAUUGUGGCGACAACAAGGACAACGAUCGUGAUGGUCUUGUGGACUGUGAGGAUCCCGAGUGCUGCGGCAGUCACUCGUGUAAGACGAGCCAACUGUGCGUCUCGGCUCCGAAGCCGAUCGACGUGCUGUUGCGCAAGCAACCGCCCGCCAUUACGGCUUCGUUCUUCGAGCGCAUGAAGUUCCUGAUCGACGAGGGCAGUCUGCAGAACUACGCCAAGCUGGAAACGUUCAACGAAAGCGUUUUUUGGAAUCAUUUUAACGCAAGCCGUUCGGCGGUCAUCCGAGGCCGUGUGGUGACCUCACUCAACAUGGGCCUGGUCGGGGUCCGGGUGAGCACCUCGACGCCACUGGAAGGAUUCACGCUGACCCGCGAUGACGGUUGGUUCGAUCUGAUGGUCAACGGAGGCGGCGCCAUUACGCUCCAGUUCGGGCGCUCGCCGUUCCGUCCGCAGACACGCAUCGUGCAGGUCCCCUGGAACGAGGUGGUCAUCAUCGACACGGUCGUAAUGUCAACGUCGGACGAUAAGUCACAUCACGGGCCACCGCAUACGUGCUUCUCGCAUGACUACGACCUCAUGAAGCCGGUUGUGCUGGCGACCUGGAAACACGGCUUCCAGGGUGCCUGCCCCGAUCGGAGCGCUAUCCUGGCGGAAUCACAGGUCAUCCAGGAGUCGCUGGCCAUCCCCGGCACCGGGCUGAACCUUGUGUACCAUAGCUCACGGGCCGCCGGCUACCUGUCGACGAUCAAACUCCAGCUCACGCCCGACACGAUCCCGGCCGCGCUGAAACUGAUCUACCUACGCAUCACCAUCGAGGGUAUCCUGUUCGAACGGGUGUUUGAGGCCGACCCGGGCAUCAAGUUUACGUACUCGUGGAACCGACUCAACAUCUACCGGCAGCGGGUUUACGGCAUCACGACGGCGGUCGUAAAGGUCGGCUACCAGUACACCGACUGCAAGGAGACGAUCUGGGACGUGCAGACGACGAAGCUGAGCGGGCACGACAUGAGCAUCUCGGAGGUCGGCGGCUGGAACCUGGACAUCCACCACCGGUACAACUUCCACGAGGGCAUCCUGCAGAAGGGUGACGGAUCGAACAUCUACCUGAAGCACAAACCACGCGUGAUCCUGACGGCGAUGGGUGACGGGCAUCAGCGGGCACUCGAGUGUGGCGAUUGUAAUGGGAUCGCGGCCAAGCAGCGUCUCCUGGCGCCAGUAGCGCUGGCCGCAGCCCCGGACGGUAGUCUAUACGUCGGGGACUUUAACUACAUCCGCCGGAUCCUGAUCGAUGGCACGGUCAAGACGGUGGUGAAGCUGAACGCGACGCGCGUCUCGUACCGUUACCACAUGGCGCUGAGUCCGCUCGAUGGUGCGCUGUACGUGUCGGACCCGGAGUCGCACCAGAUCAUCAAGGUGCGCAACAAGGACGAAACGCACGAUCCGGAACACAACUGGGAACCGGUGGUGGGUAGCGGCGAACGGUGUCUACCGGGUGAUGAAGCACACUGCGGGGAUGGUGGACUCGCCCGGGACGCGAAGCUCGCGUACCCGAAGGGUGUUGCGAUCUCUUCGGACAACGUGCUGUACUUUGCCGACGGCACCAACAUCCGGAUGGUGGACCGCGAGGGAGUGAUCAGCACACUGAUCGGGAAUCACAUGCACAAGUCCCACUGGAAGCCGGUACCGUGCGAGGGAACGCUCAAGAUCGAGGAGAUGCACCUGCGUUGGCCGACGGAGCUAACGAUUAAUCCGCUUGACGAUACGCUCCACAUCAUCGACGAUCACAUGAUUCUACGGAUGACGCCGGAUGGGCGGGUUCGAGUCAUCGCCGGACGCCCCAUGCACUGCGCGACCGGAGCGGGAGGUGGUGCAACGACCACCGGAGGCACGGCCGCACUGACCACUGCUGCCUCGCUGACCUACGACACGGACCUCGCGAUCCACGCCACGCUCGUGAUGCCGCAGAGCAUUGCGUUCGCUCCUUCCGGUGACCUCUACGUCGCGGAGAGUGACUCGCAGCGUAUCAACCGCAUCCGUGUGAUCGGAACGGACGGGAAGAUCACGGCGUACGCCGGGGCCGAAUCGAAGUGUAACUGCCUGGAGCGGGGCUGUGAUUGCUACGAAGCGGACCACUAUCUGGCGAUCAGUGCGAAGUUUAACACGAUCUCCGCCAUCACGGUCACUCCGGACGGGCACGUGCACAUCGCUGAUCAGGCAAACUACCGGAUCCGGUCGGUGAUUUCGAGCCUACCGGAAGCGGGCACCUCGAAGGAGUAUGAAAUUUACGCCCCAAGUGCACAGGAGAUCUACGUGUUCAAUCGGUUCGGGCAACAUAUCGCCACGCGGAACAUUAUGACCGGGGAGACGGUUUAUAGCUUCCUGUACAACGUGAACACUUCGAACGGCAAGCUGAGCACGGUGACGGAUGCGGCCGGUAACAAAGUGUUCCUGCUGCGCGAUUACACCGCCCAGGUGAACUCGAUCGAGAACACGAAGGGCCAAAAGUGUCGGCUGCGUAUGACGCGCAUGAAGAUGCUGCACGAACUGAACACACCGGACAACUACAACGUGACUUUUGAGUACCACGGUGCGACGGGGUUGCUGAAGACGAAACUCGAUUCGACGGGCCGUUCGUACGUGUACAACUACGACGAGUUUGGGCGGCUUACGUCGGCCGUUACGCCAACCGGCAAGGUGAUCGAUCUAACGUUCGACCUGAGCGUGCAGGGAGCGACCGUGAAGGUGACGGAGAAUGCACAACGCGAGGUCUCGAUGCUGAUCCAGGGUACUUCCGUUGUGUCGCGGGUUGGUGAGGCGGCCACGAAGACGACCGUCCAGCUGGAUGGGGGCACCACCAGUGUGUCACCGUGGGGUAACACCGUAUCGGUCGAAUCCGUCCCUUAUGUGUUGCUGGCCGAACUGGAUCCACUGCUCGGUGAAAGCUAUCCGGUGCCGUCGAAGCAGCGUACCGAGAUCAAUGGGGAUCUGUCGAAUCGGUUCGAGUGGCGCUACUUUAUCCGCCACGUGCCGGUGCGAGGGAAGAACGCCCGGACGCUAACCCAGGUCGGACGGAAGCUUCGGGUUAAUGGCGAGAAUCUGCUGACGUUCGAGUACGAGAAGGACACCUCGUCGAUUACGGUUUCGGUCGACGAUAAGACGGAACUACUGAACGUGACGUACGACAAAUCGGCACGGCCGAUCGCCUAUCGGCCCCAGUCCGGGGAGUACGCCGACGUGGACCUCGAGUACGAUCGGUUCGGACGGCUUACGUCGUGGAAGUGGGGCAACCUGCGCGAGGAGUACACGUUCGAUCGGGCUGGGCGGCUGAAUGAGAUCAAGUACGGGGACGGGAGCUCGAUCGUGUACGCGUUCAAGGAUACGUUUAGUAGCCUGCCGCUGAAGGUGACGACACCACGCCGUUCGGACUAUCUGCUGCAGUACGAUGAUGCUGGGGCUCUGCAAUCGCUGACCACCCCGAGGGGUCACAUUCAUGCGUUCUCGCUUCAGACGUCGCUCGGGUUCUUCAAGUAUCAGUACUUCUCGCCCAUCAACCGGCACCCGUUCGAGAUUCUGUACAACGACGAGGGACAGAUACUGGCCAAGAUACACCCGCACCAGAGUGGGAAGGUGGCGUUCGUGCACGAUGCUGCCGGACGGCUCGAGACCGUGUUGGCGGGUCUGUCGUCCACGCAGUACACCUACCAGGAGAGCACCAGUCUGGUGAAGCAGGUCGAAGUGCUGGAGCCUGGGUUUGAGUUGCGGCGAGAGUUCCGCUAUCACGCCGGAGUGCUAAAGGACGAGAAGCUCAAGUUUGGAUCGAAGAGUGGCCUCGCAUCGGCUCACUUCAAGUAUCAGUACGAUGGAAACGCACGGCUCAGCGGAAUAGAGAUGGAUAUCAGUGGUCGGGAGUUGCCGAUCGUGCGCUUCAAGUACGGGCCUGCGCAGGGAACACUGGACGCUGUGAGUGAUCUGCGGAUCACACGGAACGCAUUCAACCGGACGGUCGUCCAGGACACCUCGAAGCAGUUCUUCACGAUCACCGACUUUGACGAGCACGGGCGGGUGAAGAGCGUCCUGAUCAACAUCAAGUCGUUCGACGUUUACCGGCUCGAGCUGGACUACGAUCUGCGGAAUCGCAUCAAAACACACAAGGUGAUGGUGGGCCGGGUGACCUCGCUGGACAAAGUGAACUACAAUGCGGACGGCCACGUGAUGGAGGUGGUCGGUACGAACAGCUGGAAGUACGUGUACGAUGAGAACGGCAACAUUAUCGGCAUCCUGGAACAGGGUGACAAGACGAACCUCGGAUACGAUACCGGUGACCGGGUGGUGCAGGUUGGGGACGUGGAGUUCAACAGCUACGACGCCCGCGGGUAUGUGGUGCGCCGGGGGGAGCAGAAGUACCGAUACAACAACCGUGGCCAGCUGAUCCACGCGAUGGAGCGCGAUCGUUUCCAGACGUGGUACUUCUACGACGACCGGGGCCGACUGGUGGCGUGCCACGACGAGAAGGGCAACGUGACGCAGUACUUCUACGCGAACCUGAACGCCCCGGAACUGAUCACCCACAUCCACUACCCGAAGGCUGGUGCCAGCACUGGGGGACGCACUUCCAGGUUGCUGUACGACGAUCGGAACAUGCUGAUCGCGAUCGAAACCGGAGACCAGCGGUACUACGUGGCGACGGACCAGAACGGAUCGCCGAUCGCACUGUUCGACGUGAACGGCGGCAUCGUGAAGGAGGUUCGCCGUACACCGUUCGGAAAGAUCGUAAAGGACACCAACCCGGGCCUAUUCGUACCGAUCGACUUCCACGGUGGAUUGCUCGAUCCCAACACUCGACUGGUGUACCGGGAGAAGCGCCUCUACGACACGGGCGUUGGUCAGUGGAUGACGCCGGCUUGGGAACAGCUGGCAACGGAGAUGCGUCACCCGACGGAUGUGUUCAUUUACCGGUUCCACAACAACGAUCCGAUCAACUGGAGGCCGGAAGGCGAUGCCAGUGGUGACGGUGGUCGCUACAUGAACGAUCUCCGCUCGUGGCUAACCCUGUUCGGGUACGAUGUGCGCAAGAUGCAGGGAUCGCGCUACACGCGCGACAUGAUCUACCGACCGAGGGCUCUCAUCAAAUCGCCCCAGCUGGCACCCGACUUCGGUGUCAUGUCCGGGCUGCAGUGUAUCGUGGAGAAGGUGGACGAAAAGUUUGCCGACUUUGGCUUCAUCCCGAAGCCGCUCCUGAAGAUGGAACUCAAAACGAGGAACCUGCUGCCACGGGUCGCCUACCGGCGCGGUGUGUUUGGCGAAGGCGUGCUGAUCUCGCGGAUCGACGGUCGGGCUCUCGUGAGCGUGGUCGAUGGGUCAAACAGCGUGGUGCAGGAUGUGGUGUCAUCCGUGUUCAACAACUCGUACUUCCUCGAUCUGCACUUUUCGAUCCACGACCAGGACGUGUUCUAUUUCGUGAAGGACAACAUCAUGAAGCUACGCGACGACACGGAGGAACUGCGCCGUUUGGGCGGAAUGUUUAACAUCUCGACCCACGAGAUCAACGAGCACGGUGGAGCGACCGGGAAGGAGCUACGACUGCACGGUCCGGAUGCGGUGGUGAUCAUCAAGUACGGUGUCGAUCCGGAGCAGGAACGGCACCGGAUUCUGAAGCACGCACACAAGCGGGCGGUCGAGAGGGCCUGGGAGCUGGAGAAGCAGCUGGUGGCGGCCGGAUUCCAGGGCCGAGGUGACUGGACCGAGGAGGAGAAAGAGGAGCUCAUCUCGCACGGUGACGUCGACGGGUGGAUCGGCGUCGAUAUUCACAGUAUCCACAAGUACCCGCAACUGGCGGACGACCCGGGCAACGUGGCGUUCCAGCGGGACUCGAAGCGCAAGCGGCGAAAGAGUGGCGGAGGAUCGACGGCGGCCGGUGGCACCGCUGGCCACAAGCAGAAGCGCGAGCAUCGCCACGAGACGCUAAUCCUGCCGCUGACGGUGCCAGCGACGGCAGCCUCGGUUGCCCCUGCGGCAGCUGCGGUUCCGACGUCCUCGGUGUCAUCGCAACCGGUGACGUCAUCGGCGGCGGUCGUGUCAGCCCCGUUAGCAGCGGCUGCUGCGGCCAGUGUCCCUGCAGUCCCUGUGCCGGCGACCGUGCCAUCCUCGGCGCCAACCGUCACCGCACCGGCCACGACGUGA